AUGCCCGGUGAUGACGAAACCCCCCCUCCUCCUCCUCCUCCCAAAAACACUCCUUUUCACCCGAUAUAUGCCAUUAACAACAUCAAAUCUGUUAUGAACGUGACUCUUGAUCACGAGGACUCCCAAUAUGCUACAUGGGUUGAACUUUUCCAAAUUCAAGCUUGUGCUUGCAACGUGCUUGAUCAUAUUGACACGAAGGUUACACGUCCGACAUAUAUUGAUGAUGAUACGUGGAAGCGAUUAGAUGCGAUUGUCAAGCAAUGGAUAUAUAGCACUAUAUCCAAAGAUCUUGUUAAUACUAUCAUGAAAGCGGGUGCUACGGCUCAAGAAUUAUGGACCCGACUCGAAGAGUUGUUUCAUGACAAUAAGCAUACUAGGGCAGUGUAUUUGGAGGAGCAGUUUUCGAAUACCAAACUCGAGCACUAUACUAAUAUGUCUGAUUAUUGUAAGCAAAUCAAGAUUCUCGCGGAUCAACUUGCUAAUGUUGAUUGUCCCGUUUCAGAUCGAAAGAUGGUUAUGCAAUUAAUUGCCGGACUCACCGAAGGUGAAUAUGAUACUGUGGCUGCCAUAGUAUCUCAAUCCGAACCAACUCCAAGCUUCAACAAGGCUCGAUCUAUGUUCCUUCUCGAAGAAACCCGCAAGAACACGCAACGGGAACAAGGCCAAGCCUUUGUGGCCCAGAACUCGCAGGCCCAAACCGGCACCACCACCGGCGCAACCCAGCCGCCUCCAGCAGACCAGCAGCGUGGCACCAGCAAGGGUCGCGGCCGCGGCCGUGGCAGCAGCAAGCAGAGUAAAGGCCGUGGUCGGGGGCGGGCUAACAACAACAAUAAUCAGCAGCAAGCUCAACAGGCCCCUCAAUGGGGCAGGCCCAACAGGCCCAACCGCCACCUCAAUGGCAUCAGGCCCCUCAAUGGGGAGCCCAACCAUCCUGGCAACAGCAACCCGGGCAGUGGGCCUCACCACCCUGCCCAUUUCCAACGGCCCAGCAACAGUCAAGUAGAGGGUCCAGUCCUUCGAUUUUGGGCCGCCCUCCCCAACAGGCCUACUAUGCAAGCCCAAGCCAGUCUUCUUACGGUCCACUUAUGUCACCUAAGGAUUUGGGGCAAGCAUAUAGUUCCAUGA